AUGACAUCGCCUACAACUGUGAUGGGGAUUUGUCUUGGAGAAGCAGUUUUAGCUUCUCUUCAUACUCUAGUCUCUUUGGACAGACUUUGAAAGGGGUCCUGACUUGUCCUUUGAAUGCAUGUGCCGCGCGAUAUGCGAAACUGCACAAAAAUAUAAUGUUAUCUAGGAGUUUGACAACUAGCUAGCACAUUCUUUUGAACACUUUUUUUUUUUGCAGUCGGAUCAAAAAUCUUUAUAUCGAAAAAAAAAUGUUUUCAGUGGAUCAAAGUUGUUGGUUCGUUCGUAAGGUGAUUUGUUGGAGAGCAGUAGCCAGUGUGGCGUGGUCUGUCCUCCUGCUGCUUCCCACCACAGCUCUGUUUGUACUGCUCAGCAGAUUCACUCUGUUUCACCCCAUACUCUGGAUAUCAGAAUGCCUGUCCCUAUUGACCAGUGCCAGUGGAAGGAAUGCCUGUCCUAUUGACCAGUCCAGUGGCAUCUUCUCCUUCAUUCUGCUGUGUGGAGUGGUGCUGCUGGUGGUCUUCAACCUGGAGUAUUACCACAGUGUCCCAUCCGUCGCCUGUUCCAAGAUCGCCCUCCUGGGUCAGGUGCUCCACCCCCGUCAGUUCGUCCACUCACUGGUGCACUGCAUCAUGGGUGUUGUAGUAGCUUGUUUGUGCCUUCACCAUCGGAGGCGCUACCGCCUUGGGCACCCCUGUACACAGGAUGAGAGUAGUGGUCCUGAGAUGUGCCUGAAUGAAUAUCACCUGGUGCUGCUGCUGGUGGGGGCCUUCAUUGGCUACAGCCACAGCCUGGUGGGAGUGGUCUACAACAUGAACUACGUUUCCUUCCACACCAUGCAGCAAUACAAGUACCUCCGCUUCAAGGGAGCUCUGCCCCUAGUGGUGAAAGGCCGGUGCGUUCAAGGCCUCUCUACGGUCCGGAACUUCCUUCUCCUCUAUUUCUUCAUGGGAUAUGCACCACGAGCCUGGAUUGUAAAAACCUUGACCUCAAAUCACAGUCCUACGUUUGGUUUCCAUGGGGAAACUGGACUUCGUCAUGGUCCAUCCAUUCUGGACAGUGUGUCUAGUCUAUUGGACUUGUCCCUCCUGUACCACCUGUGGAUCAGUGACUUCCUCCUCCUAACCUGGUACAUCACAGUACUGCUCUUCAGGAUCUUUGUUACCGAGUUCCUAGCCCUCCAGGACCUGGCUCUGCUGUCUCAACACUCUCCUUCUAGACGUCUGGAGGUGUUCAGUCUCAGCCAACCAGGCGGUCACCCUCACAUCUGGACGGCCCUGAGUAAGGAGUGUCUGUCUCUGUUGUCAGACCUGACUGAGCGGCUGGUAGCCCACCAUGACACUGUAGCUACUAACGGACGGGCCAAGUCCCAGUCUACAGGAAGCAACAAGCGGCCCACCAUCUCCUCGGAAAGCUCCGUAUCUUCUGUCGGUAUGGAGGAUAUGAAGACUCCCCGGCCCAGCGCCCUGAUCAGAACCCCUGGCUCAGUGUUCUUACGUUCCUCUGUCGGGGCGGGGCUGCGAACUCCCCUGACCGCCCCCUUUACCCCGGACCUAGACAGCCCCUUCUCCUCCCCCGCCCUGAGGCGCCUCACUGGCCCCCUGGAGCCUCAGGGGGCCCUGUCCCCCGGCUUCAGCUCCAUCCAGAGCCCUCACGUCAUGAGGAGGGGCCCCAAACUCUGGUCUGCUUCUACAGACUCCCAGCUGAACGGCAGUCCUCCGCCAUCUCCUGGUCCCGCCCCCAGCCAGUCCCAGGCUCAACUCAGACCCUCCUUCCUUGUUACCUUCCUACAGAACAGGAAGGACCAGGUUAAACAUUUCUUGGCAAAGCGGGUGCUGAUAAUGUAUCUGUUUAACAAGCUUCGGAGGACACCUCCACGCUGUCCAGAUGUCAGCAGAGCACAGGAAAGAGACUGCAGCACUUCCUGGAGUAUAAAGACGUGGAUGGCUGAGCGGUGUGUCUGUCACUUAGCUGA